GUGGUUGAGAGCCGUUUCCUACUUUAUAGUACUGUCGCUUUGAUUGUCUUUCACUCACUCACUCACUCACUCGCACCAACUGCAAAAACUCCAAACCAAACAUCAUUAUCUUCUUAGCAGCUGUUUAAGGUUUUUCUCUGUUGCAGUUGUUUUUGUUUGAGUAAGUUUCUGGGUUUUGUUUGAAUUUUUUGAAUGGAGGUGGACAGCAGUGAGCUUGGUGAUUCGGGCACCAAAAUGGGUGCUCUGAAGGGUGGGGUCAGAGCUGAGAUCGAUACUUCUGCCCCGUUUGAGUCAGUGAAGGAAGCCGUUUCUCGAUUCGGUGGAAUUGGUUACUGGAAACCCUCUCAAAAUAAGCUCAUCUCUGAAACUGAGCAUGACAUGGAAGAAGUUGACAUUGCAAAAUUGGAGGAGCAAGCAGCAGAAUUGGGGAAAGAUCUCAUUGUUAAGGAAAGAGAAACAUUGGAUGUGUUGAAAGAGCUUGAAACAACCAAAACAAUUGUCGAAGAACUAAAAUUAAAGCUGCAGAAAGAAGCAUCAGAAGUAAAUGGGACCCUAAAUAUGAACACAGAUGUCAAGACUGUGACCUCCGAAGUGAAAGAAGCAGAGAAAGAAAAUCAUCAAGGUGGUCAUCCAAACUUGGCAGGAAGUUUGAGCCCCCACCCAUCAUCAUCUCCAGGCUUAAUCUUGAUGGAGUUAAAGCAGGCCAAACUGAACCUUUCCAGGACAACUAAUGAUCUUGCUGACAUUCGAGGUUCUGUGGAAUCACUAAACAAGAAAUUAGAGAAGGAAAGAAUUUCUCUUGAGAAGACUCGAGAGAGGCUAACUCAGAAUUCCUCAAAGGUAUCAUCCCUCGAAGAAGAGUUAAAUCAAACAAGACUUAAACUGCAAGUAGCAAAAGAGGCUGAAACCAAAAGCAGUGCUGAUAAUCAUUUGGAUAUAUCAAGGGAGCUCCAACGUUUGAGUUCUGAGGCUGAGCAAUUCAAGAAUGUUGGAGAAGCCGCGAGAUCAGAGGUUUCAAGAGCAAUAUCUGAGAUUGAACAGACUAGAACAAGAAUAAAAACAGCUGAGAUGAGGCUACUUGCAGCAAAAAAAAUGAAGGAAGCUGCUAGAGCUGCAGAAGCUGUGGCUUUGGCAGAGAUCAAGACUCUUUCAAGCGGGGAGAGCUCGUCUGGCAUUCCUAUUCAAAAGGCCGAAGGGGUGACUAUUUCAUUUGAAGAGUACUCUUCCUUAAAGAGCAAGGCUCUAAAAGCUGAGGAACUUUCUAACGGGAGAGUGGUAGAUGCUAUGCUCCAAGUUGAUGAAGCAAAUGGUUCAAAGAUGGAAAUCUUGAAGAGAGUAGAGGAAGCCACGGAAGAAGUCAAAACUAGUAAGAAGGCCUUGGAAGAAGCAUUGAGCAGGGUAGAAGCUGCGAAUAAGGGCAAGCUGGCAGUUGAGGAAGCUCUUCGCAAGUGGAGAUCUGAGCAUGGUCAGAAAAGACGUUCUGUACACAACUCUACCAAGUUCAAGAAUUCUUACCCAUCUCACAAUCGAAAGGAUUCUCGUUUAUUGGAUGUGAAUGGACUCAAUAUGGUUAGUGAUGGUCCAACUCCUGUUUUGAAGCCAACCCUAUCAAUAGGGCAAAUACUAAGUCGGAAGUUGCUUCUGCCUGAAGACUUUGAGACUGAGAUGCUGGCAGAGAAAGGCACUGUGAAGAGAAAGGUGUCAUUAGGUCAAAUGCUUAGUAAACAAAAUGGUGAUUUCCCCUCCUUUCAGAAGACAGAGAGAGAAAGUGGUCACAAGCAGUUCUCUGGAAAGAGGAAGAAGUUCGGAUUUGCUCGGUUUUCACUGCUUUUAGCCAAACAGAGUAAGAAAAAGAAGAAGCCAACUCUUAACUUAAGGUAGUGCGGUGAUGGGGUUCCUUUGUUCUAAGUGAAGCACUAACUCUUAAUGUCUAUUGUUGACCUCGUUUCCCUUCACGUUCCCUGUUUUAUAUUGUGUUCGCUAGAUUGUAUUCAUCCUUGGUCUGAGCUGUUUAUCUCUAUGGUGCUUGUAAAGAUGCCUAUAUCUGAUGUUAUGUAAGACCAUGUUAAAAAA